UUGAUAGACUUCCUCUUGUGUUUGCACAUAUUAAGAGAUGUUACUCAAAGAGAAAGAGUUUGGAAAUGAACUAACGAUAAGGACAUUAACAACCAGGCCAAUUAAAAAACAAGACGAUUAUUAACUUCAGACAACUAGAAGGUCGCACAGACAGAGAAAAUGAUCAUAUGAUAUUACGAAUACUGUAUAGCUCAGCUGUGACUAACCUUUAAUAGUUAUAGUAAUGUAAAUUAAAUGUUGCUGUAGCCAGAAUUUCAGUUUAUCUGCAAUAUGGUAGUAUGAGGGAGCAGUAAGUUUCUAAAAGGUAGAGAGCAUUAAAAAAGGCUAAAGCUCAUCUCCUAUAGGAAAUCAACAUGACACCUAAAUUAAAAAAAACAUAAAAAAUAGUAAUAUAAGUUACAAAUAAGUGGUAAUAUAACUAAAUUAUCAGCCAAAAGAAAAGCGGCUUGUCUCCGGGGUGCAGUGGAGGCAGACGGGGUCUUCUGCAUUUGAUUACCAGCUUUGUAGAACUAUUUAGCUCUGUAAAACAACCUACAUUUAACUUUCCUAAAAUUAACACAACAUAAUUCGCCUUUUUAAAUGACUGCAACAACCAAAACAAACAAAAGCAACCUCAUCCUCCCUAUUAAAGUGUGGAUUUUCCUACUUGCUCCUCAAAUCGAAUUGUUCUGAAUCUGAUUCCCUCCUCAGAGUAAAGUGAGUUAUUAUAUGGAUUGAAAUAUGAAUAAAUUGUGAAUACAAAAGUGUUUGGAACGUAAAUGCUUAACAACAAUAAUAAUUUACAACCCCAAAGCUGGAAAUCCUCCACAUUUAUUCAGUCACAUGCCGUGUGCAUGAGUGAGUGUGUGUGUGGCAGGGGGCAGGACUUCACCGGCGUGACACCGGCGACCGUGUCUUGAACUUGGCCUUCUGUUCGGGGUGAUCUAUGGUCCUGGCGGGGGCGCCAGACUUAGUUCCGAGUUCACAUUCCAGCUCGGCCACCUCCCAGCUGCGUGGCCUCAGGCCAUUCCCUUAGUACUUCCGAAUUUCAGCAACCUGAUCUGGGAACAGUGAGGUCUCCUUGGCGGAGCUGGUACCCGAAACUAAGGAGAAUUUACGCGAGUCGGGAGCUUUGCCCAAAAACUAACCGCAGCCGCUCAACCUCCAGAGCGCGCAGGGCCCCUGGGGCUGCGGAGCGCGGCGGGGGGCGGGGAGGCCCGCGGUCGCCAUGGCAACCGAGACGCCGCUCGGUCCCGGCUGCGCGCGGCGGAGCAGAGCAGGCCACAGCCCCGGGGCGCGCAGGAGACCGCGUAGCAUGAGGGUGGAGGAGGCCGUGAUGGUGACCGCGGCAAUGGCACCCGAGGCGGGUCGCGACAGGGAGCAGCCUGGGCAGCCCGCGGGGCUGGGGUGCGGGGCGCGCGGAGAACCCGGCCCGGGCUGCCCGCAGGAGCCGGACAAACAGUGGAAGAAAUUUUUAUAUUGUGAACCACAUAAGAGAAUUAAGGAAGUAAUGGAAGAAGAACUUUAUAUAAAGAGAGAUGAAUGCCGCGUUAAAAACCCAUCUGCAGCUGCCCUGGAAGGGAUCUGGAGCAUUAAAAGGAAUCUCCCUGUGGGAGGCUUGAAGCCAGGACUGCCAAGCAGAAACAGUUUACUGCCACAAGCCAAGUACUAUUCAAGACACGGAGGGCUGAGAAGAUAAGAUGACUAUAAUUUUCCAUUGAGGCAAAAAAGCCCCUCUUUCUCCUGAAGUUUGAAGAACAGAGAAGAAACUCAAGCUUGUUUCAGGAUUUAAAAUGUGUAAAAAAAAUGUAUAUUAGUCUGUAAUCCCUAUUAUUGGUAUUAAUACCUGUCUGUAAAUUAAUCUGAAGUAAGGAAAAACUAUUGAUAAAGUUUACUAAGCACCUGAAAACAAACCAAGAAAUUGUCUACUU